AACCGGAAACAGCUGCAAACGACAACAAGCUCUGCUGUCAGUCCACACCGUGUUAGUAGUUCAGACAGCAAGGCUCUUAGACAGGAAACCGUUUAAAUAUGCUCUAUUUCAUCCACAUUUGCAAGUCGAAACGUGACGGCUAGACUGAAGCACAACAACAAAGCAGUCGCUAUAUCGACGUCACACCGUCGCACGCUAGUGACGUUCGCCUGGCAGCGAGGCAAGAUGGCUACAUCGGCUUGGCUGCGUGGCCCAUCUGCUAUGCGAUUAACGGAGGGUUUGGUGUCGGUUCUGAAAGAGCAGCGUCCGGAGUAUCUACCCGCUUUGUUGGCCAGCUACAGGGAGCAUGGCGUGUUCCAGAGCCAGGGCGCGAGCGCAGUCGGGGGUCUCGUGGGAUUCAGCAAUGCCAAACUCGGGUCGAGCAAGACCAGGUUUGAGGGGCUCUGCCUGCUCUCCAUGCUGGUUAAGGACAGCUCCAGUGAACUGUUCCAGCAACACUGCGUCUCCUGGCUGCGAUCCCUGCAGCAGGUCAUACAGUCUCAGGCUCCGGUUCAGACCAUCCAGCUGGCUGUGAACAUCCUGAAGGAUCUGCUGCAGUACUCGUCCCAGUUAGCAGAGCUGGCCAGAGAGGUCGGCCUCAACUCCAUCCUGGGAAUCCUCACGUCUCUGCUGGGCCUGAAGACAGAGGUGAGACACAGCUGGAACAUUCGGUAG